GUUUUGAUCGUACAUAACCUUAAAUUAAAAAAAACAUUGGUUUCAAUCCACUGCAAUUGAUCAAAAAAACAAUUAAAGUCACAAUUAAUCGUUAAUAGUUGUGUGUGGGUCUAAAAUGUGAUACCUAGGUGUACCUCGAGAAUGAGGUUGCCUCAGCGUCAGAAAUCAACGUAACUGAGCGCUUCACUCAUGAACACGAAGCAGAGGAAAAGAAAUCCGCUGAGAGAUACCAGACUUCCUCGUGGUGGCUCUGGAGUCGGACUUGCCAAAAUUUCAGGGACAGGACUUAAUAAAAGGUCAUCAGGAAACGUGACUUCUAUCGGUAGAAAUACUUCAGGAGCAAGACUCCGCAAAACAGGAGCGUCUGUCCGUGAACCUGAGCUUAACGUAUUGACGUAUAUUUCAGAGGACGACUUUCAAGAGACGGACAGUAACAUUUCAACACCCGCGGUCCAAGUCUCCGAUGACGGAGACCUCAUCAACGUGACUGAGGAGCUGAGGAGCCCGAAUAUUGUGCAUGUUGGUGAUGACACGGAUGAACAUUUAGCACCGGAAAUGGACGAAGGUUCCACGAUGCAACCAGAGGAGCCAGUCGCAAAAAGGGUGAGAAAAUUCGAUGAUGCACAACCGGCGGGAAGGCGAAGCGAAAUGUCUACCGACACUCCUUCGAAGAGAGGCGAAAUUUUGUUCAACUUAAGAAGUCAGGAGGCCGAUUUCAGAAGAGAGGAGGCCAGAGAGAGGUUCGAAGCGGCCAGUAGUAACAGGCUAGAGGCCGAGCAUAAAAUGGAAGAAGCCGAUUUGAGGAGAGAGGAGGCGGUGGUCCGCCUUGCGAUUGCCGAGGAGGAACUUCGUUGCACCAAGUUGAAGACGAAAAUCGUGAUCGCCAACAAGAGAGCUAUGAGAGACAUCAUGGAAAAUCAGGUCGCCCUCAGCCAGCGGCAAUCCGUUCUGCCAUGAUUCUCGAUGUCUGACUAACAUUUGGGCAAUUUCUGGAAAGUGAACCAGGUAAUAUCAACAGCUGCCUAAUAUUAUGCGGUUUACUUUCAUCACGGAAAAAAAGAAUCACAAUCCCAACUAUACUUUUGGAUGGUUUUGACGCCAAAAAGUAGUUACGCCAGUACGAUUGAGUUUUGCCGAAAGUGUGGGUGGAUCGACCAUACCUCUCGCUAGUGCAACUACUCUUAUAUCUGACGCCAAAAUCAGCCAGGCGUAUAGUUGGGAUUGUGAUACUUUUUUUUUUCAGUGUACGAAAGUGCGAUUAUAUGGAUUCUCUUGAAAAUUUCAGAGAAUUUGCGUUAUGCCGUAGAGGAAAUUCCUUUACCUUUCAAACGGGCAGGUAUUCAUUUUUCUGGCUUAAGAUCAAACCGUAAAAUGAAAAGAGCUGAUAUUACUUGGUUCCCUUUCGAGAAACACUGCGCUUUCGAGUGGCAUAAAUGUUAUCAGAUCAGGCUCAUCAUCUCAAGUUUUAAGCGGAUGGGAGGGGGAAAAAAACAAAUAAAAAAUUUACCAGUUGCAUAAAAAUUAAACUUUGAAAAAGAAGCCCUUCUUUAUAAAAAAAAAUAAAUUAAAAUCAUCGUUGAAA